CGCCAUUCAUCCAACCGCAGCAUAGCGACCGAGCUUGGCUUGGGAGCUGAGGGAGAACCGCAGCCACUUAAAGGAGAAGCGAGAGCUGGAAAUAUACGGCUGGAAGUGGCGAGUUUCUGAAGAAAUGUUUUUUGGAGACCCUGGAUAACAGAUAGAGGCAGUCAGAAGAGAGGGCGAGGGUUGUGCGGAGCACAACUGAGGGAGAACUGAGGGAGAGAGAGAGGGGUCUGCUCCUAGUUAACAAGCGUAAGCUGGGUUGGCUCACUUGCUAAGCUAACAGGCUAACGCAGCAACAGCGCUAACGUUGGCUAGCUAGGUUAGCGUAAACAUGGUGGACAGCAGCAGCAGCAGGCACUGAGGAGGGGAACUCCAGCAUGUUUUGUUGUUUUGGUUUUUGGAGGAGUUUGUUUUUGCGGGGGUGGACGUGGAAUAGACGUAGCUUGGUGUAAUUUUCUCUCAGUUUUCUUUGAAGAACUUUUGUUAGUGUUAGUAUUUUAGGGUUCCUGUUUUAGACUUAGUUAACUAAGCUAGCUUAGGUUGCUAAGUUACUUCUCUUCAUAGAGAAAAAGUCUAGCUGAAACUUUUUGGAACAGCCUGAGUUUGCAACUUGUCUAGGUUAGCUAACUAGGUAGCUAAUGUGUGUAAUGUUUCGGAGUUGAUUCUUAGUUUAUUUUAAAAUAGCUAAACAACUCUUUAUUUCAUAAGCACAGAGUAUUUUUACCCUUUUUUAAUUUAGCUAAGCAACUCUCUUUCAUAAGCCUAGUCUUUUUUUUCUCUUACUUUUUUUUAAAAAAAUAUUUAGCUAAACAACUCUUUAUUUCAUAAGCACAGUUUUUUUUAUUUUUAUUUUUUUACUUUUUUAUAUUUAGCUAGAUAACUACAGUGCUCACGGCUGUAGCUGUUGGUAGGCUGUUGGUAGGCUGCUCCUGCCUGGUGGACGGAUUCUGCCAGGAUGCUCCGUUGUAAACUGUAGGAUCUGUGGUGGAAUCUGUAGGAGCAGAAGGGAAUACUGUUGGAAUACCCUGGAAUACCCUGAAAUAUAAUGGAUUAUCCCCAGAUUCCCAGACCCAGAAACGCACACACCUCGCUCCUCAGCAGUUAAUGGCACUUGGGCGCUGUUUUAGCGUUGGAUCAGCCCGAAAACUACACAUGCUUCUUCGCCGUCAAAUUGAUCUACAAGACUCAACGUUAGCGGGCAUAUUACAUGGAGACUAGUUGGACAUGCCAAGGAAGGAGUUACCAUUGCCAGAGGGUUGGGAAGAAGCCCGAGAUUUUGACGGGAAGGUCUACUACAUAGACCAUAUCAACCACACUACCAGCUGGAUUGACCCCAGGGAUAGGCAGACCAAGCCCCUGACCUUCGCUGACUGUAUUGGAGAUGAGUUGCCUGUGGGCUGGGAGGAGGCCUAUGAUCCUAAAAUUGGAGCAUAUUAUGUUGACCACAAUACAAAGAGCACCCAGCUGGAGGACCCGCGGGCGCAGUGGCAGCAUGAACAGGAGUGCAUGCUGCGGGAGUACCUCGACGUGGCCAAGGAUGCACUGAGCGCCCAGAAGGAGAUCUACCAGGUCAAAGAAGAACGACUCCGCCUGGCCCAGCUAGAGUUUCGGCAGCUCAAUGAUGCCUGGAGGGACAAGUCCUCUUCACAGACCAGCUUAAAUUCCAGAUCCUCAUCAAGCAGUAAAUAUGAUCCUGAAAUUCUCAAGGCGGAGAUUGUGACUGCGAAAAGUAGGGUAAAUAAGCUGAAGAGAGAUCUGGCCUAUAUGAGGCAGGAACUGCUUUAUAAGGAGCAGGGGUUUGAAACACUGAAAGAAAUCGACCAUAAGGUGUCAAGCACUUCAUAUGGCUUCAAGCAGCAUGAAGCCCAGGCCAUCCUGAAGGAGGUCAGGACCAUUAAAGAUGCCAUUAGCUCUGGAGAGAGGGAGAAGCAGGAGCUCAUUCAGAAACUAGCUGUGUUGAAGGAUGGCUUCCAGCUAGACUAUGGCUCUCAGUCUGAACUGUGGGCCAGCAGCCCCUCCCUCGCCAAUUCAAAUCUGUCACUUCCUCGCCUCUACUCGGAUGCGGAGUCCCAGACAGACAUACCUGCUGAAUUCGUUUCAAGCUCCAAUAAGCUGGCUGAGAAGGUACGACUGAGUUUGAAGUAUGAAGAGGCAAAAAGGAGAAUUGCUAACAUAAAGGUCCAGAUAGCAAAACUGGACAGCGAAGCAUGGCCGGGCUUGCUGGACCCUGAGAGGGACCGUCUGAUCCUCAUCAACGAGAAGGAGGAGCUGUUGAAGGAACUGCAGUACGUGAAGCCCUGCAAGCGCGCACCCAACGAUGCUGAGAAGAUCGAGACUGAGAAGAAGCGACUGGAGCAAGACCUGCAGGCUGCACGCGACAACCAGAGCAAAGCGCUAACUGAGAGGUUGAGGUUGCACUGCAAGAGGAGCAAGUUGGUGAAGGAGCUGGAGGAGGUAGUGAGGCAAGCUUCCUCACUUCACACCCAACUAAAGAGCCUGUCAGCCAGCAACCUGUCGUGUUCCUCAGGCAGCAGCCGUGGCUCGCUUACCUCCAGCCGAGGCUCUUUGGCCACUUCAAGCCUCGGCUCGUCCUCCUCGCUCAGCUUCACCGACUUCUACCUAGAGCAGCCUGAGCUGUGUGACCCAGACUUUCAGGUCAAGUUGGACUCGCUGCUGCAGGAGGGCUCCUCGUCCAGCUACAGACCCUCUAGCUCCAUAACUACCAUCCACGAGAACGAGGUGUCGUCUGGACCAGCGAGUGGCAGCCUGGGUCCUGGCCAGCGAGUGCAGGGCGUCCUGCGCUUGUCUGAGACGCCGCGCUCCAUGAGCUCUCUCUCGCCGCGCUCUUCCCUCUCCUCACUUUCGCCACCCUGUUCGCCCCUUGUCCCCGACGCCUCCUUCCUGCCCGGAGAGGCCUUCCCGGGCCCGCCCUCGCACCUUGACCUGGAGCUGCAGGCCCGGCUCGCUGAGUUGCGGCUGGAAGGAGAGCAGCAGCUUGCUCAGUUAGCCUUUCGCGACGCUAAGCAAGACAACAGCACAGCUCCUGGGGAGCCUCCUAAAGAUGUUAUUACGCAAACGAAGGUUUUGGGGCCCGGCUCAAAGAAGGUGGGCGUAAUGUCGGCGGUGUCUGAUGAAUCAGUGGCAGGAGACAGUGGAGUGUACGAGGCUUCGGAGAAAAGGCCUGGAAUCCCUGCAGAGCAGCUGCUUGGCUAUGAUGAAGGAGGAUCAGUCAGCUGCGCUCAGAUUAGACUGGGGAUGAAGUACGAAGUUAAGGAGAAUCGGUUUGCUGUUUUUAUCAUGGAGCUGAUCAACUGCAGCACUCUGUCCUUGCCUGCCAACCGAAACAUGUACGUUCGGCUGGUGGUACUGCCCUGCCCAGAAGCCACUCGCUGCCUUUUCCGCACCCGUGGCUCGCUGCCCGACGACACUGUAGAGCUGAAUGAAGUGUUCGGGGUGCAGCUGUCUCCUGUCGCCCUCAGACAGAAGACCCUUCGUGUCGAUGUGUGCUGUACCAGCAAGUCUGGAAGAGAAGAGUGUCUGGCUGGUGCUCAGAUAAGUCUGGCUGAUGUGGACUGCUCAGAAGAGUGGUGUACCAAGUGCUAUAACCUCCUCAACUACAUGUACAUUACGGACAUGGAUGGCAAGCGCAGAGAGCCAGGGCCCUCUAUUCAGCCAGAGAAGGUUACAUCCAGCACCACAGAAAACCCAGCAGCUAACAUGGAGAACGCACCUGAGGAAGACUGGCCCACGGAUCCUCUGGAGGGGGACGUCUUUGUGGAUGGGGUGGAUCUUGACAUUGAAGGGGAGGAGUUCUACCCUGAAGGUUGCCAGUGGGAGGUGGAGGAGGAGGAUGAGGAAGAGGAGGAGGAUGAGGAGGCAGAGGCAGCGGCAGGCAAGCCUAGUCCAGCGGCAGCUAUUCCAGAAAAGGUGAAUAAGGAGACGAGCAUGGAUGGCCUCCCCAACGCUGCUUCUGUGGUCCGGCCAAAGGAGCGGCGACCUGAGGUCAACCAGCAGAAUCCUUUUGUGAGGGGUAACACUAUAAUCCGCUCCAAGACCUUCUCCCCAGGACCCCAGAGCCAGUAUAUCUGCAGGAUUAACCGCAGUGACAGCGACAGCUCCACGUUGUCCAAGAGGUCUCCAUUUGUCCGUAAUGCAUCAGAGAGACGCAGUGUCCGCAUGAAAAAGCCACCAAUGCAGGUGCGUGGUCUGGAAGGCGUUCUGCGGACCUCCCUGGACCUGGAGCUGGAGCUGCAGGUGUCUCGGACGCGUCACAACCGUCUGAGUGAGGAGCUGCAUGUCCUUCGGCAGCUGAAAGAACAGCUGGAGAGCGCGCGGCAGCUGGGCCAGCGCAGCCUUCCCACCUGGGUGCAGGAGGACGAACGCUUUCGCCUGCUGCUCUCGCAAGCUGAGAGACAGACUCAAGAGGAGCAGCUGCAGGAACAGAAGGUGGAGAAGAUGAUGCGGACGGCAGCUAAGGAAGUGCACAAGAUUCGCGGGCAAAGCCGUAAAGAGGGGCCUGAAGUCCAGUCUUUCAGAGAGAAGAUGGCCUUUUUCACCCGAGCUAAGAUAAACGUUCCUGACCUGCCAGCUGACGAUGUAUAGAGGAUCUAAAGUAUUUCCAAGUCUUAAACUGCUGUUUCCGUGAAGAAAAAGCUGACCUCUGGUGGUAUUAUGAAGAAUGAAGAAUUAUGCAGAAAAAAAAGUGUAUAUUCAGUAGGAAGAGAAUGUUAUUUUAAAACACUGGGUUUAAAGCUCUCAAGUCAGAAUCUGUAGAUUUUUGUUUUCCUUGUAUUUGUUUUGUUAAUUUUUUAGCUAGUACCAACAACAGCAUUUUAUUUUGAAUUUUGUGCUCUUUUUUUUUGCUGUCCAUAGCAAUGUUUCUUCUGUUACUAAUAAUUGUAUAUUGGUAUCUGUACUAGGUAUUUUUGUGGUAGUCGAUCAUUCCAAAACACCAGUGUGUUGUUUUUACAGAGGUGACGAGGAGGACAGUUGCUCUGUUGAUUGGGCAAAACCGCUUACUGCAAAACUCGUAUACAUGAUGUGAAUACGGAUCCUUACGGUACUUUCAUGAUUCAUAGCACAAGAGUUAGGAAAUCACUACUUGGACGCUUGUCAGUAUGAGUGAAUUAGGUGGAAACCGGUUCUGCCAGUGAGGUCUCGAACACAAGCAGGCACAUGCUUCCGCCAAGAGGACUGGCUCUGUUCUUUUCACAUAUAACCUAACUGAUGAUGAUGAUGAUGAAGAAAAUAAUGUACAAAAGAUUGCUAACUUUAGCAGACAUAGACAUAAACAAACAAACGAAAGUACGAAUAACAGUAGCCCAGAGCUCUUCUACUUCUUCUUCUUCUUUUUUUUUUCCCUUAACGGGUAGCUAGUUGUAACUCUGUGCAACAUUCAAUCCAGCAGGUUCCCAGCCCAGUGUUCCCAAUGUUGUUUAAUGCACGAGUAUCACAUGAUUGUCAUUGAGGCACAGCACGUUAACCAGUGGCCACAGUCUCAGCAAUUAAGUAUGUAGAAACUGCACUUAGUCCCACAGCCUCUCAGGUAGAUUCUUGGCUAGUUUAUGCACUUUAAUAGAAAGUAAUCAGAGAGCGGGCAGCGCUAAUGUGGCACAUUGGGGUGGCACUCGUGAGCACACAGACGUGAAUGAAGGCCUGAUGGUUUUUUUGUUUGUUUGUUUUUUGCUUAUUGCCCAGGAAGUGAACUCAAUUCAUCUCUUAAAAAUGCAUUUGCGAACCAAUUCGAUGUUUUGUUAAUUAUUAUUAUAAUUAUUUUACUUCUCUUUUAUUCUAUCAUUUUAUUUCUAAUUUUAUUUCUAUUUUUUCUUCCCAUUUUCUUCCUAAUUUACACGGACAGUUUACCCAACCCACUCAUAAGGACUCCCCCUAUCAAUAGUAAUGUCUCUAUGCUCUCUCAGGGCUCCGGAAGCCAAAGGCAAGCUACAUGAACAGGAUUCGAACCGGUGAUCUCCUGAUCAUAGUGGCAGCGCUUAGACUGCACCGAACCACUCUGAGCCCCCCCUCUCUUUUAUUCUAAAUGCUUGACUCGAUUUGCUUCAAGGACUUACCAGGAAAUAUAUAUAUAUCGUUAUUGAAUUCCAGACUUGAUUGCUUUAAUGCAUUCAGAACUUGCUGUGCAGGAAGUCCAGUUCAAGGCUAAUCAUCUCCUAAUCAGUUGUGUAAUUCCCCCUCCCCGACACAUUCUUUCAAAUUGAGCAUCGCUGGGCUUUCUGGCUGCGGAGUGCAUCUCCACUCUCAGCACAUGGCGCACAUCCUCUGGAGGAGGGUCGUGAUGUCACUGCUAAUGAAAUAUGGAACUGGAUCAUUCAGAGUGGCAAAACAGCGGCAGCAGCAGAGCUGGAGUUGAGAGCUCGAUGCUUCAGAGCUCUCAGAGCCUUUCACUCGCGUUCCCCUGCACACUACACUUUAAUAAUGCAUAGUGAGCUUGUUACGUAACUCUGUGGAUCUGUGUGUUUAUCCUUUCCGACUCGAGUCCCUCUGCUGCAAACUGAAUUCUCACACUGAAUUAAUUCAGAUCAUUUCAGCUCAGUCCAGUCCAGUAGUAGUCAUUCAGUUGUGCUUAUUGGAGUGAUUGGAUAGGUAUAUGUAUAGCCCUUAAAAAAAUUGAGAGAUCACUUCUUUUUCUGAAUCAGUUUCUCUGAUUUUGCUAUUUAUAGGUAUAUAUUUGAGUAAAAAUGAACAUUGUUGCUUUAUUCUAUAAACUACGGACAACAUUUCUCCCACAUUCCUAAUAAAAAUAUUGUCAUUUAGAGCAUUUAUAUGCAGAAAAUGGGAAAUGGCUGAAAUAACCAAGAUGAUGCAGAGCUUUCAGACCUCAAAUAAUGCUAAGAAAACAAGUUCAUAAAAAUCAAUAUUUGGUGGAAUAACCCUGGUUUUUGAUCAAAAUUUAAUGCAGCUUGGAAUGUUCUCCUCCACCAGUCUUACACACUGCUUUUGGAUAACUUUAUGCCACUCCUGUUAACAAAUUUAAGCAGUUCUGCUUGGUUUGAUGGCUGUGAGCAUCCAUCUUCCUGUUGAUUAUAUUCCAGAGGUUUUUAAUUUGGUAAAAUCGAAGAAACUCAAAAGUUUUAGGUGGUCUCUUAUUUUUUUUUUCCAGAGCUGUAUAUACCCAACUGGCAAUAAUAAGUAGGGAUAGUCUGGAGGACAACUUGUAUAAAGCACUACUCAGUUAAUUUGUGUACAUGUAACUACACUACAUGGAAUUUAGGCUCCCCCUGCUGGUCCAUCCUUAGCAUUUACACUAACUGAUGCCCCUUUUUUCUUUCUAUAUUUUUUUUGGCUGUUGCCAGCAAUAGGUUCCUCCUGUCUCCUUCCAGUUCUGAAUUCCAAACAACCACUAAUGCCUUUGUAAUAAUAAUAAUAAUAAUAAUACUCAUAAUAAGCACUCGACAUGCGGAAUACUUUUUAAAACUACAGCCACACUCCUAUAUACUCCCUAUUUGUACUUGGAAACUUCAUGACUCAGCACCAGCCAGCUUAUUUAGAAAUUCCAACAAGACAAAUCCUAAAGCCUUCAGUUUAAGUCCCAGCAUUGCACACACGUGCAUGUGGCGCCUGGUGGUAAUAUUCUCCGCCCAGGGACGGGUGCGUGUGUUCAGAACCCGUUUCUGCUCUCCUUGGGUGACCUUUUUCUUGCAGAAAGAACUGGACACGUGCCUUUGACCCCUGUGAACUCCAACUAAAUUAGUUUCCCCACUAUACUGUUGUUUCCUUUGCCUUGCACCUUGAGAUAUAAAAGAAAAGACAAAGACAAAACCAGCAAAUACUGUCCCAGUCAGCACCUUUCCAUUCAGAACAAGGCCCAUUGGAAAGAAUUGAGUUGAGUCUGAAAGCUUUACAUUUAACCAAAUAUCUCUAAUGCCUCUAGUUUGAGCUUUUUUAUUUAAAAAAACAAACAAACUAAUAAAUAAUGAGCACCAGCAUUCUCAAUCAUCUCCCAGCUCAGGCUUAUGAGAGUUCAGAGAGUAAGGCCCAGACUUCUGGGAAGUUUUUCUUUUCUUUUUUUUCUAAAUCCAUUCUCGCUUGGCAUUCUGUUUUGCCCCUUUUUUUCACACAAGCUGCGUUCCAAAUUCAAGGCUGUGUUCCGUGGUGGGGUGCAUUUUUUUUUUAGCCACUAUACGUCAUAGAAGGCUCCUUUGUAUACAGCUAAGAUAUGCACCUGACAUUCAGGAUGAUUUGAAGGACACAACUGAUGUAUCCUUCAUUAUAGCCAACAGUCACCCACAAAUCAAUGCAUACAUUCAGCAAAAAUUGCAAAAAUGGUGGGAAAUAUAGACUCUUGAGCAGAGUUAGCUUUAAAUUCAGAAAGUAAUUCUUUAGAAAACACUCCUACUGAGGAUCUACCCUACUUUGACUGCAGCCUAUAGUUUGGAACGCAGCUACAGAUUGUAGAUUAGACUAAGUUACUGAUUGCUCUAGGCUCAUUUGUGUAGGCUUCUCCAGAUCCACUGGUUCAGUACACGAAGUUACUACCACUGCACACCUGGCCCAGGGCCUUUAAGCUACGGUACAAACGAAAGCAUGAAACUGAAGCCUUUUGGAAAAAUCUUAAUCCUUUACGUAUUUUUGUUUUGUGGAAUGUCCGUCUGUUUGAAGAGUUUGGAGACGAAUGUGAGGAUAGAAAUGUUUCCCUUUAAACAACCUGCACUGUUGUUAGCAGCUGAAUGUGAAUUGUUACAUGGAAACACUACACUCUAGUUUUCUGUAGUGAACUGGAAGAAGAACAGCACACGGUUAAAAUAAAUAAAGUGGCAGCCUGUGGAGGAUGAGCGACCCUUCCGAUCGACUAGGUGCUCUUUUUACUCUCUGAUCCAAGGCUCUGACACGUCGCUUAUCUAACACUCUGUAUGUGUUUUUAUGUUCUGUUGACUGUGCGGUCAUUGUAAUCAUGUGCAAAUCAUGUAGGACUCGCUUUAGAUAACCAUGAGAUUAAACAAGAAAAAAAAAAGAGAAACAAAUCACCAUCAGUAACUGAUGCUGGUAGUGAUGACUGAUUUGUCGUUCAUGUAGACUUACAAUAGGAUUCUUGUUUUCAGAGCGUAUUUUUGAUUCUUUUUAAAUCGGACGUUUCAGUGCUGAUGGAAGAAGAACUUGGUCUUUCCACAGAGGCGGAUUGGAGAAAAUACAGCAUGUAUUUAUUGCACUUUUGUGAUUUGGGUGUGCUGUUUUUCUUUUCUUGUGAGACUUACGAAAGCUGUGAAUUUUAUCAUCAACACUGUACUGUCAACGAAAAUUGUAAAUAUGUCACCAGCACAAGAAUAUGUUUUGUAGUUUCACAACAAAUAUAAAAAAAAGUUCUUUUCUUCUAA